GGUGACUUUGAAACACAUGCCUAUAACUAUAACUUAAGGGACAAUCCAAAACAGCUCCACCAAAACCAAGGUUUGAGCUUUGUGAAUCCAAAGUGAAGAAAGGAUGGCAAGAGAACGGUCCUUUUACAGAGAUUUUCUGCCAAUUUUGGUGCUUCUUGGCACUGAAUUCAAUGACAUGGGUUUACUCACACUCUUCAAAGUAGCCUCACUGCAAGGAUUGAACAGCUAUGUCUUUGUGGCCUAUGCUUAUGCUGUUGCAACCACUGUGCUUCUUCCUGUCACUUUUUUCCACAGAAGAUCAAGGGUGGUUCCUCCACUCAGUUUCUCCACAGUAUCCAAAAUAGUUCUUCUUGGGGUGAUAGGAAGUUCAUCUCAGAUACUGGGUUAUGCAGGAAUCAGCUAUAGUUCUCCAGCUCUUGCUUCAUCAAUUGGCAAUCUGGUGCCUGCUUUAACCUUUAUCCUUGCCGUAAUCUGCAGGAUGGAAAAGUUAGCUGCUAAAAGUAGGAGUAGUCAAGCUAAGGUAAUGGGAAGCAUAAUAUCAAUAUCAGGUGCAUUUGUUCUGACUUUCUACAAAGGACCAUCAAUCGUCAAUGCUCACAAACAUCUUUCCUUGUCACUUCAAGAUCAAAUUAACUUUCUUAAAUCAGAGGAUGCUAGCUGGGCCACUGGUGGCAUUCUGCUGAUAGCUGACUACAUUCUGACUUCAGUAUGGUACAUUUUAGAGGAGGAUAUCUUGAGAGUGUUCCCGGAUGAACUUACUCUAGUCUUGCUUUACAAUGUCACUGCCACAAUAUUCACUGCAACUGUAGGUUUAUUUGCUGAGCCAAGUGCUAGUGCUUGGAAAAUAGGUCUAAAUGUUUCACUGAUCUCCAUUGUUAGCUCAGGACUAUUUGGAAAGUUAAUGAGCAAUGUAGUUUAUGCCUGGACAUUGAAUUUAAAGGGGGCUGUCUUUGUAACAUCCUUCAGGCCACUUCAAAUUGUGAUUGCAGUUGCAAUGGGUGUUUUGUUCCUUGAUGAUACUCUGUACAUUGGAAGCGUAGUUGGAGCCAUAAUAGUAUCGAUUGGUCUUUAUGUUGUGUUGUGGGGCAAGGCAACAGAAGAGAUUGAGGAAGUUGUUGGUGGCUUGGAAUCACUAACUGCUGAGAAUGUUCCUCUCUUGCAAAACCAGAGAACUGAAACAUCAGAAAAGAAUGUUUAAAACAAAAAUACAAACUCUUCCCACUUUUAACAUCAUAGAAAAACCAUAAAAAAAAAACCCAUUUUCUUGCAUAGAACAGCAAGAGUACAUAGUUCCAUUGUUCCCCAAGAUGAUUCUGAGCUGCUUAUACCUAAGUGAAGUAAAUGGAAGAUUUUCAUUGUUAACACAGCUUGCUGUUACUUAUGAUGUACAUAGUGUGGUUUGUCAUAGAAUCGAACCUACACUGUUCUUUACACAGAGGAGUUGUAACUUUUAUUCAAGUGGUUUAAUGGAAAAACAGACAUCUCUCUCUAAACAUGUCAGAUAACGACAUGUAUGUACACAUGUAACAUGAAUGUAUUUAAACAUGGUGUGGUAUAAUUGACAGGUAACUACACUCCCUAAA